GUGUGGAUGCUAUUGCAUUCAGAAAAGCACUUGUCAUUGGAGCCUCAUAUUAUCUCCCACGUGGGUAUACAUAUAUGAGAUGUUGCGCAUGUAAAUCUUGUUUCUGCUUUAAGCUGUUAAUUAGGACUUCCUUGGUACUCAUCACCACCUAUCUCCGUCGCAAUGACAACCCAUCGGAAAAUCUUGAUUGUCGCCUAUCAAGGCCAAGGCCACAUCAUUCCAGCCCUCCGGUUCGCCUACCGCCUCCUCAAACUGGGUGUCCAUGUCACCUUUUCCACCAGUGUCUCCGCUAUACGACGAAUCGACAUGGAAACCACCCCUCACGGGCUAACAUUCGCUCCAUUCUCCGACGGCCAUGACGAUGGCAAACAACCAACAACCACCUUGCAACAAUUCCUCUCCGAUAUCUCUACGUAUGGUGCUCUUGCGGUUGCAGAAAUCAUCAGCUCCGCCGCGGCUGGAGGCCAACCGUUUGACCACUUGGUUUACACCACCACCAUCCCAUGGGCGGCGCGUGUUGCGCAUGCUCAAGGUAUUAAAUCCACUCUCCUCUGGUGCCAGUCGGCGACUAUCUUGGAUAUUUACUACUACUACGUCAAUGAACACGAAGUUUUGAUUUCCGGUAUCAAAAACAACCAGACGUCUCCGAUCAACUUACCUGGACUGCCACCAUUAACCACCGCUGAUUUGCCAUCUUUUCUUACGCCGUCAUGCCCAAAGGAACAUGUUUUUGUUCAGCAGGAUUUGAAAGGUCAUAUCGAGGUCCUCAAAACAGCUCCAAGAAUACUUGUUAACACUUUUAAUAAACUCGAAGUCGAACCCAUUAAAGCAAUUGAUAAACUUGAGUUCCUUCCGAUUGGACCCUUAAUCCCAUCGGAGUUCUUCUACAGAAAUUCCUCCAGCAGUGAUUGCUUCGAAAGAACAGAAGAGGAUUACAUCCAAUGGUUAAACACAAAACCCAAAUCUUCGGUGGUGUAUGUUUCAUUUGGAACAAUAGCGCAGUUGUCAUUGGAUCAACUAGAGGAGAUAGCAACUGGGUUGCUGGAGAGCCGGCGGCCAUUUUUAUGGGUGAUAAGAGAUAGUGAGCAAGCAGGAAGAUUAAGCAAGAUAGAGGAGCUGAGAAAACAAGGGAUGAUAGUUGGUUGGUGUUCUCAGGUGGUGGUGUUGAGUCAUCAAGCAAUUGGGUGUUUCGUGAUGCAUGGUGGGUGGAAUUCAACGGUGGAGACAUUGGUGGCCGGUGUUCCUACGGUGGUGUUUCCACAAUGGUCGGAUCAAUGUACGAAUGCGAAGAUGAUGGAAGAUGUAUGGAGAACAGGGGUUAGGGUGAGAAUAAGAGAGGGAGAUGGAGUGGUGGAAGGGAAGGAGAUUGAGAGGUGUGUGGAAAUGGUGAUGGAAGAUGAGGGUAUGAAGAAAAAUGCAGAGAAAUGGAGAGAUUUGGCAAUAGAAGCUCUCAGCGAUGGCGGAACAUCCACCAUUAAUCUCCAAGCUUUCUUGGAUCAUAUAUGAAACUAGAGGGAGCAAUAUGGUUGAUCAUUUUAACGACGUCAUUUUAUUCGGUAAGCUAUGCAUAUAUUAAACAUCGUAAUGGCUUUUGCAAAAGAAAAUGAAUAAAAGGUUAAAUGUACGUGUAUGAUUUACACAUGUAUUCGUUGUUUGUGUGUGGUUUUUGCUUUUGAUAAAAAUCAGUGAAGUUUUGCCUUCUAA